AUGACCUCCUUCCUGAAGCACCUGUCGCUCCUCGUGCUUCUUUCUCUCUUCCACGUCUCGAGCGCGUGCUACAGUACCAACGGGUCAUACAGCACGUGCGAGGAAAAGAUCACCGAGCACUACAACCUCUUUGGUACCAAGACCACCUACGAGCAUGCCACAGGCCUUUCUAACGGCAGCGCCAACAGUUUCAACGUCGAAGGAUGCACACCUCUCCUGCUGAUGCUGUUCAUGAGACACACGACCCGCUACCCGAACGUCAAGGACAUGAAGAAAUUUGAGGGCAGGAUCACCGAACUUCGAGAUCAGAUGCUGGAAGCGGAAAGAAACAAUUGCUCCAUGUUGUGCCAGACGCACCUGCGCCAGCUGAGAGCCUGGCGAUUCAAGUGGAGCACCAAGGACGAGAACGCGGUCACGCUGUCCGGAUUGAGGGACACCAAACUCAUAGCUACAAGAUACCAGAAGAUGUUCCCUUCGCUGUUGCCGAAAACAUUCAGCGAAAAUGACUACAAAAUCUUGGUUACGAGCAAGGCCCGCACGAGGGACACUGCGUCUGCUUUCAUGUCCGAGCUCCUCAACAAACAAGAGUUUAAAAAAGUCGACUUCGCUGGCAUUAACGACGAAUUGCUUGACUUUCACAGUUUUUGCGAGGACCUGCUGAAGAAAAAGGGUGUGAGCAAACAAAAGGUUGAAGAAGAAGAAAGAUUUUUUAAUGGCUCUUACGUGAGGAAUAUGGUGACGUCCUUGUCCGAAAGGACUGGCGUUAAUCUGGAGAUCAAGGACAUCGAGUUGAUGGCGAAGCUGUGCGCCUUCGAGGUGGCCCUCAAGGGCAGCUCGCCCUUCUGUAACCUGUUCCGGAAGGAAGACCUCCAGCUCUUGGAGUACGCCGGUGACCUGGACGACUACUACAAGGACGGCUACGGCCACGAGAGGAACUCAGCGCAGGCAUGCGGCGUCAUCGGAGAAUUCGUCAGCAGGAUCGAGGAACGUGUCGGCACGACGACCUGUGACGACUCUCGAAGGCGGCGCCGCGAACUCAAGGCGUCGCUCUACUUCUCUCAUGCGGGAGCCAUCAAGAAGCUAAUGACCCGCCUGGGAAUCCACAAGGACAAGGAACCGCUUACGGCCGACGCCUACUGCGACGCCAGGAAGACGCGCGAGUGGAGGUCUUCCUUCUACGCACCGUUCACCGCCAACCUAGGCAUCGUCUUGUUCAGAUGCGAAGGAAGUCCCCCUUACAAGGUCGUCGCCUUACUCAACGAGAAAGUGGUCAGGAUCGACGGAUGUCCGGACGACGUCUGCCCUCUUACGGACUUUUUGAAGACGUCCGGUGUGGUCAGGUCCAGCUGCUGUGACCUCGAGAAGAUCUGCGACCCCAACUGGGACCCAUCAAGCAAUGUCGACUCCGGUGCUGAAUAG